AUGGACAUUGACGACAUCCUCCGAGAGGUCGAUCCCGCGUCUCACGGCAUCCCGCUGGAGACGCGGGACCUGCAGGCCCUGACGCGCCUUUGGGUCGCUGAGAGGUCGGCGCCUGAGCUGCUCAACUGGCCUGCGGAUGGCUUGUUUGAGCGAGUCAACUCCAAGAUCAAAUCUCAGAUUGAGCGCAUCGAGGACAUGACGGGCGACAUGGACCCCAAGACCAACUUUGCCCUCAUCGUCAUCCAGACGGAGCUCGAGCGCUACAAGUUCCUCGUACGGAGCUAUCUGAGAACAAGAAUAGCAAAGAUCGACAAGCACACCCUCCACUACCUCUCAACGGAAUCCCUCAGACAGCGCCUCUCCCCCACGGAACUGGCCUACGCCACGAGGCACCAAGCUCUCCUGCACAACCACUACCUUUCGUCCUUCCUCUCGUCCUUCCCCCAGCGCCUGCAGAACCUCAACGACACCGCUGGCAACGUCAGCAUGAUUGACAGCCCGGAUCUGGACACGGCCGUCUUUGUGCGGCUUCUUCGUGAUAAGGACGUCUAUGGCAAGGGCACUGAUGUCGACACGAUUCUGCCGGCGGCGAAUGGGGAUGUGUUGAUCAUGAGGUGGUCGAGCGCGAAGGGGCUGGUUGAGGAUGGUGAUGCGGAGCUCGUUUAG